GAGAUUUGACCCGAGAUGCUGCGGCUAUUCCGGGCUGCUUCGCACGCCUGGGUUCGACCCCCUGUCUCCCGGGUCCUCAACUCGCUAGCGGAGGACUCCGCACGGCCAGCGGAGAGCUCGGAGCCGGGGGUUAGAGCGGGUCUCCUAGAUCCUGUGGUGCGCAAGUGCAAGCACCUGAUCCCGGCGCACCGGCGCCCGGUACAGGCCUGGGUCGAGUCACUGAGAGGCUUCGAGCAGGAGCGCAUUGGUCUGGCGGAGCUGCACCCUGAAGUGUUUGCUACGGCGCCCCGGCUGGACAUCCUACACCAGGUUGCUACCUGGCAGAAGAACUUCAAGAGAAUUAGCUAUGCUAAGACCAAGACCAGGGCUGAGGUGAGUGGUGGUGGCCGCAAGCCCUGGCAACAGAAAGGCAGUGGCCGGGCCCGACAUGGCAGCAUCCGUUCCCCCAUAUGGCGGGGAGGAGGCGUAGCCCAUGGUCCCCGGGGUCCUACAAGUUACUACUACAUGUUGCCUAUGAAAGUACGGGCACUGGGCCUCAAGGUGGCCUUGACAGUCAAGCUGAUGCAGGAUGACCUACACAUUGUGGAUUCCCUGGAGCUGCCCACUGCAGACCCUCAGUACCUGACAGAGCUGGCCCAGUACCGACACUGGGGGAGUUCCGUGCUCCUUGUAGACUUGACACACGAGGAGAUGCCAGAGAAUGUUGUGGCAGCAACCUCCAGGCUCAAGAACUUCAACCUGAUCCCCACAGUUGGCCUGAAUGUAUACAGCAUGCUCAAACACCAGACUCUGGUUCUCACCCUGCCUUCCGUUGCCUUCUUGGAGGAUAAGCUACUCUGGCAGGAUUCAAGAUACACUCCACUCUACCCCUUCCACCUUCCCUACAAUGACUUCCCCUAACCCUGCCCUGGUCACCUAGAAGCUCAUCCCACUUGGGGGCCAAGUCAGCAGAUGCUGGAGUGUGCUUAGGUGCUAAGCCAGCAGCCUGUAUUCAUCUCUGGGAAGAUCUGCUACCUGUGUGACAUGCAGGCUUCUUCUGAUAAUCUUGUGUUCUUGUGAUAAAAUAAAUAAAUUUGUUUAAAGACAUCA